AUGUCUGAAGCCAUGGCGCAGAUGCCUCCUGCUCUUUACGGCCCGACGGAGAAGGAGAGGAAGUAUGAUCGCCAGCUGAGGCUUUGGGCCGCCUCUGGUCAAUCGGCUCUUGAGUCGGCCAACAUACUCCUCGUCAACACGGGUUGCGGUACGGUCGGUGUUGAGGCACUGAAGAAUCUCGUCUUACCAGGAAUUGGCAGUUUCACCAUUGCCGACGAGUCUUCCGACAAUUCCACCUUUGAGCAGCUCCUGCAGACAUCAGAGCUCUUCUCUUUGAUUCUGGUGACGAUGCCGAUAGAUGCGUCUCGCUUCCAGCUCCUCGAGAGUUAUGCGUCCAAGCACAACGUCCCCCUUGUUGUCGUCCACUCGUCGGGAUUCUACUCUUACUUCAGACUCGUCCUGCCUAGCGCAUUCCCAAUUGUUGACACGCACCCGGACGAAACAGCCACUGCAGACCUGAGGCUACUUUCUCCAUGGCCCGAGCUGACAAAGUUUGCUAAGGACAUGGCGAAGGAUAUUGACAGCCUGGACGACCAUGAGCACGGCCAUCUGCCGCUCGUUGUCAUCCUCCUGCACUAUCUCGAAUGGUGGAAGGAUAGCCACGAUGGCGCGUACCCAGUGGCUUACCACGAUAAGACUGCAUUCAGAGACAUCGUGUCCAAAAGCAUGAGGCGUGACAACCCCGAGGGCGGCGAGGAGAAUUUUGAAGAGGCAGUGGCUGCCGUCAUGAAGCAUGUUGUGGAACCUUUGGUUCCCAGCACUCUCAAGCAACUAUUUGAUUAUCAAGAUCAAGACACGGAGUCUACCAAGUCGAGUUUCUGGAUCAUUACGGGGGCCGUCAAGAAAUUCUACGAGGCCCAUGGAGUGCUACCUCUCCCUGGUAGCCUUCCAGAUAUGAAGGCUCAGUCGCACGUCUACAUACAGUUACAGAACAUAUACAAGAACAAGGCUCGUCAAGAUGCUAGCGAAGUUCUAAGCACAGUCCGCAACACUCCGGGAGGCGCCGAUGUUGACCCCCAGGAGGUCGAGCUGUUCUGCACUAACGCCCGCUUCAUCAAGCUGAUCAACAGUCCCAAUGACAAAGCUAGGACUUUGGCGCAGAUCACGGAGCAAGAGCUGGGAAACGAUGAGAUUGCUUCUAUUUCUGGCCCCGAAAUGCCCCUCUCCCUAGUCCCCAUAUAUCUCGCCCUGUCGGCGACGGCGCACGCCGAUGAAGCUCCUACUGCCGAGGCCAUCAUGGUAUCCAUCACGCAGCGUGUCCCCGAGGCUGCCAACAAGGAGCGCAUAGUCAAGGCCGCCCAGGAAGUCUCCAGAACCUUUGGAAAUGAACUGCACAAUGUGUCAGCUGCGAUAGGUGGCAUGGUCGCCCAGGAAAUGAUCAAGAUCAUUACCAAGCAGUACAUUCCCAUAGACAACACGUGCAUCUACGACGGUAUCGUCAGCCGCUGCCAGGUCCUCAGGCUAUAA